CGAACACAGCUUCUAUUAUGAUUUCAUUGACAAAAGAAAUAAAGCGCGGAAAGUUGUAAUGUUAUGGUAAAUCCCGAUAUUCUAUUGGUUGACGGGAUCACGUGGUAUUUUAAACCGACGCUAAGUUUCUUGGAGGGAUCCUGUCGACAUUCAUUGACCGAGUUAUACACAGAAUUUCACUAUCAAGAUGGUACGAAAAUCCAUCAAUAUCAUAUACUGGAUAUAUCAUCGAACACCAGGAAUUAUACAAUGUGAUUAUUUGAUGUUUUUGAGCUAAAAUUGUAAGAUUUGAACAAUAUUUAUCUCUUCGUGUUUUUUCUAUUUCUUUUCAGCCUGGUGGAAAAGCUGGAAAGGAUUCUGGAAAAGCGAAGGCUAAAGCAGUCUCUCGUUCGGCUCGUGCAGGACUUCAGGUAUAUAUAUUAAUUUAAUCGAAUAAAAUCAUCAUUCUAAGUAAGUUGUUUUCAAGCAAAAAAUCCUCAUUAUGUAUUGUUUUAGUCAUCGUAACUAAUUAUUUUAUUGAAACUUGUUUUCAGUUUCCCGUCGGUCGUAUCCAUCGUCACUUAAAGACGCGAACAACCAGUCAUGGACGUGUUGGUGCCACCGCUGCAGUUUACAGUGCUGCUAUUUUGGAAUACUUGACUGCCGAGGUUCGUAUUUAUUUAUAUAUUUUAAGCAUAUAUUUAAUGGUUAACAAAAAACCUAAAAAUUAUUAGUGCUAUGUUGAAAGAAAAAUCAAAACAAUCUCACUUCCGGAAUUGUGACCGGCCCAGCAAAAGAGUAAAUAAUCGUUAGCUGGCCUAGUUUUUGACGUUAUUUAACAUUAUUUAAUCAUUUACAAAUUAAAAAAAAAAUUAAAGUGAAAAUGCAAUCAUUUCGAUAUUUGAAAACAAAUAUGGCAAUUAAAUUAUUUUGCUGCGGGCCCUCAAAACGAAGACAUAAAACAAGAGAUCAGUGGAAAAUUAAAAAUAAUAGUUAAUAGUAAGGGCGUUGGGGAGAAAAGGCGGGAAUUCAUUGAUAACAAAAGACAUGUCAAUCUAUUCAAAGUUUAUUUUUACUACAUUUCUUGUAGGUCUAACUUUCAAUAAGCUAAUUGAUUGGAUUAAUUUUUGUAAAAAUUCAAGGAAUUGUCUUUGGCAAAGGCAAAUGGGGCUUGCUCUUGGCUUACAGUUAAAGUGCCUACAAAUUAAAUGCAAAUUUAAAUGCUUUCAUCCUGUAACUAUUAGUAAGCUAAGCUGACUAAAAUUAGCCUAGCAUAUUAAGUAUGCUUAGGCCUGUCCUUUAUCAGGGUUGUAGCAAAAGACUCUACUUGAUUUGUCAAGGCCAAGGCAUCUUGUCUCUCCCCAGCCCCUCAACACUCUUUCAAAGCUAGUUGAUAUUGACAUUGAAAAAAAGUUACCACAUCACAACCUUGGGCUUUUUAAAUAUCCCCAGGGAUGGCCCUGGUUAUAUUGCCUAUUGUAUCAAGCUAGACUAGAAUCUACUUUUUUUUUAGCCAUUUAGACUUAAGUAGUAGGUCUUGAUAUUCAGAGAGUUGUCAUUUUUGGUGCAAAUUGUAUGAAAUCCCAUAGAAUGUGCAUUAUUUUAUGGGAAGCGUUAUUCGCAGUCGACUGCGCAUAACCCUGAGGGUUAUUCCCAGCCGACUGCGUAUAACUCUCAGGGUUAUACGCAGUCGGCUGGGAAUUUAGCCAAAUAAGGUUUAUUACUGCUAGUUUGGCAAUUUAAAAAAAAAAAAAAGUAUUAUGCAUAAUUAGCUGCAUUAUGGAUUGUUUUGAACUAUAACUUUUAAUGUGUUUAAUUAACGUAAAAUUUUAAUUGAAUUAAUUUUAAUUAAUAUUGAAUGAUAGUAAUAGUAUUAGUAUUAGAGCUAUUAUUAGUAUUAUUGCUUGUAUAAUCUUAUAUAUUAUAAUUAUAAAUCUAAGUCAAAGUCUACAUUUCUUAGAGUCUAAGCCUGAGAUGAUUUUUUAAAAGGCAUUUCUAUGGUCUUAAGUCUAGUUCUGUAUUCUGGUUGAUUAGUUUUUUAUAUGUUGCGAUGACCAUCAUGUGGUUUAAUUCAGGAAAUACAUUCUAUUAAUUUUUAAAAAUUAUAUAAUUUAUAAUUUUUUUUUUUUUUUGGUGACAUAAAUGUAACAGUUUUCAGCUUCCAUGCAAAACUAUAACUGUUUGAAAGUAUUACUUACAUACAGUGCCCUCUCUACAGAACCCCCUACAGCUAUUUUUUCUGUUACCACCCCUGAUUAUAAUUACUGUACCAGAGAAACAUGUUUUUAUCUGCCACAAAAUUAGUUAACAGCACAAAAUAUAUAUAUGAACACAAACAUAUCAUAUGAUAAUUAUAAGAAUAACAGUAUUAACCUUACAUUGGUUAAGUUAAUAAUUCUUAUCAUGUUCCCAUCUAAAUUCUAAACAUGUUUUAGCCACAAAAAAAUAAAACAAUAAGCCUAGCUGUUUUUGCUCCAUUCUCGAGAAAAAGCAUAACAACUAACACGUAUUCAUGGCUGACCUUCGGCUGGAAUUGAACUCAAGUCCACCAACUUGAGGUAUGCUCAGUUUAGACCAUUCGACCACCCAGUCAAUCUGAUUAGGAGGCACCUUUAUCAAUCAAUACUGUAACACAGGAUGUAUAUAGACCUCACGUGACUUGCCGACUGCGUAUAACUCUCAGGGUUAUACGCAGUCGUCUGCGCAUAACCACUUCGUUAUUUUAUUACACAUAGAUGUUCAUUUAUUGUUUAAUUAGCAUUUUCAGAAGGCUGAUUAUCUCAAUUAAGUGGUAUAUGUUGAUUAUCUGCUGAAUUUAUCAGUGCCAUCACUUCUUCCACCAUACUUCAAAUGACCCUACUGCAAAUGACUCUUAAGACCCUGGCUAGUUUUUCACAGGCGACUCCUAUCAAAUGAGCAUUGCCGUAAAUUAGAUUAGUAACACAGGCCUUCGGACUAGAUACAUCCUGUAUUUUGGGGGUUGUGAAAAGAUGUCAAAGUACAGUUUUGUGAAUAAAAACUAUUUUCAAUUUAACAUAGUUCAUAUGUUGAAAAAAAAAAGUAAAAUCUUAAUAGUUAUGUUCAAGGUUAAUGAGAAACAACCAUGUCCGUUUUUAUUUUUAUACCAUACGAAGACAUUGAUAUCACAAAUGUUUGCUUUCAAAGGAACAUGAUUUUCCUAAACAGGGAUUGAUAAUUGUAUGUCUUUGAAUAGGAUUAGGAGUGAGAAAUGCUUGUUGUUUGGUCUUCAUUUAUAUAUAUAUAUCUAUGCACGAAGUGGUUAUACGCAGUCGGCAAGUCACAUGAGGUCUAUAUACUUCCUGUGUUAUAGUAGCGAUCGAUAAAGGUGCCUCGUUAUCAGUGUGACUGGGUGGUCGAAGGGUAUAAACUGAGCAAAUCUCAAGUUGGUGGUCUGGAGUUUGAUUCCAGCCAAAAGCCAGUCAAGAAUGCAUAGCACUUGUUAAGUUGCUAUGUUUGUUCUCGAGAAUGAACCAAAAGCAAAAACAGCUAGGCUUAUUGUUUUACUUUUGUUUUGGCUAAAAAAAUGUUUAAACAUCAUAAGAAUUAACUUGACCAAUGUAAUGUUGAUAAUGUUAUUCUUAUACUUAUAAUUAUCAUAAUAUAUGUUUGUGUUGUUAAUAUAUAUUUUGUUAACUAAUUUUGUGGCAGAUAAAAACAUGUUUCUCUGGUACAGUAAUUAUAAUCAGGGGUGGUGAGUAGCAGUAAAAAAUAACUGCAAGGGGGUUCUGUAGAGGGGGCAAUGUAAGUAAUACUUUCACAGUUAUAGUUUUGCAUGGAAGCUGAAAACUUAAAAAUUAGGUCACCAAAAAAAUAAAAAUCAUAAAUGAUAUAAUUUAAAAAAAAAUAGAUUGUAUUUCCUGAAUCAGUCAGUAAAACCAACCACAUAGUCAUAGCAAGAUAUAAAAACCUAAUCAAUCAGAAUACAGAACUAGACUUAAACCAUGGAAAUGCCUUAAAAAAAUCAUCUUCUUAGGCUUAGACUCCAAGAAAUUUAGACUUUGACGUAGACUUGUAAUUAUAAUGAUAAUAAAGUUUAUUUGAAAAACACGCUUCAUCCCCAAAAGCUUGAAGCGUGGUACAAAGUCAACCAUAUUAAAAAGAGAAAUAAAACAAUCUAAAAUUUGCCACAUUUAAAAACAGACGCAACAAUAUAAAGCUACAUACGAGCAUACCCAGUCAAAGUCUUUCAUCCCCUUUCAACCAUAAGCAACACAAGCCAAUAUACAUUAACUGAAAAAGAUGGUAGAUAGCAUCACCCCAGAAGGUGUUUGCGAAAUAGAUGUUUUUAAAUCGGUUUUAAUUAAAGGACUCCAGUGUCUGGCUGUUUCUGAGAGCGAAUGGGAGUGCGUUCCAAAUUUUUGGGCUGGCAAAUGCAAAAGUGCGCUUUCCGUAAGUCUCCAGGCGAAUACACAGUAUCGAUAUUUUGCCACUAUUGAAUGAGCGGAGCUCUCUAGUGGGUACAUAAGGCGUCAUGAGUGCUUUGAGAUAAGAUAAUAUAUAAGAUACAAGCAAUAAUACUAAUAGCACUAAUACUAUUACUAUCAUUCAAUAUUAAUUAAAAUUAAUUCAAAUAAAAUUUUACGUUAAACACAUUAAAAGUUAUAGUUCGAAACAAUCCAUAAUGCAGCUAAAUACGGUAAAUUACGCAUAAUACUUUUUUUUUUAAUUGCCAAAUUAGCGGUAAUAAACCUUAUUUGGCUAAAUUCCCAGCCGACUGCGUAUAACCCUGAGAGUUAUACGCAGUCUGUUGGGAAUAACUCUCAGGGUUAUGCGCAGCCGACUGCGUAUAACGCUUCUCAUAUACAUAUGGUAGUCUACAAAUUUCUUAGGCUCUUGUCCUUGCUUCUAGAUUUUUAAGAGGUAUUUAAAUUAAUUUUCAUGCUUUAAAUUUCCUAGAAAUCGGCUGAAUUUGUAGGUUUUCUUCUAAAUUAUAAUCUAAACCUCUUCAGACCUGUUUGGUCUUAAGAUUUUGGCUUACAAUGUACGAUUUUGACAUCUUUUACGAUUGUAUGCCGACACCCAUCAGAACUACGAUUUUUAAGAGACCGGGUUGAAAAAAAAUUCCUGUUUUUUUUUCAGGUUAAAAAAAUAAUUAUAAAUGUAAAAAAGUAUAUUUUCAGUUGUUGGUUUUAAUUUGCAUUCUACAUCCAGCAGUGGAUGGAUCCAGAAAUAGGCUGAUGAUUGGUUGGGGAUCAUCUAUUAUUAUAGAGCAAGGAAGUGAAGUGGUGUUGAUUUAGAUUUUUGUAUGAGGGUGGGAUUAAGUAUUUAAGUCUAAAAUAAACACCGCCACAUUGUCAUAAGAAUAGUUGGCGGAGGGGGUCUCUGCAGAAAGUAUGUGCGUUAUUCAUGUAUUCUACAAUAUUCAUCCGGAAGCUCUGAAAGUUCAAAAAUAGCAUUUAUAUCUCGAAUGCUGUAAAAUAUCACCUGAUGUUAAGUAGGAAGUGAAGAUGCUAUGUAUUUUAACAAAUUAACUCCCUAGCUGUUCUCAGUAGUAGAGAUUUUAUUCCACUGUCUCAUCAACGUGCAUGUGACAUAUAUUUUGUUGGGGUACAGCGGUUCUUAAUUUUUAGUUUCCCCGGCGCCUAUGCCAAAUUAGGCUUUUAACCAGGCUCCCUGUGGGGUUACUGUUUGCACCACGACCUAAAGUUGUGACAUUGGAUUAGAGGUGGGAUUAAAAUUAUGAAAAUUUAGUUAUAUUUCGCUACGCCCCUGUGAGGAAGUUGCAGCAACCCAUGUAUAAAAAUCCCCCCCCCCCGUGGACCAGUAAAAAGGACAAUUCAUUGGGACCUUUUUCUUGAGAAGUAAAUGGUUUAAGUCACUAACAUGGUCCUUUCUAAAAACUAUUUUGGCACCUAUUUCUCUUCGCCCCAUUCUCGUGGCCCUGCCCGAGAGCAGCGAGCACCCAGGGCGAUGCAGUAUAUAUUCUGGGAACCUCUUGGCUUGCUGAAUUGCAGCGGUGAUAACCCGUGUCACAUUUUCUUUACUGUAACAACAUAAACAUCUAAAGAUAUUGAAUUUUUAAUAUUUCUUUUCAAGAGCUCAUUUUAACGUAAGCAAGAUGGGGGGGGGGGGGGUUGUUUGAGGUUGUCAAAAUAAAUACAUGUGCAACAGGUGGGGGUGUUAUAAUUGUUCGUACAUACUAUAUAAAUGGCAUCUCCUCGUGUUUGCUUCGCUGUUCUAUGACAUAAUUGUUUCUUAUGGCUGACCGUUCACCGUAUAUUGAAAUCUAUAGCAGACACACGUCUGCAUAAUAAAGUGACCGCAGUUAAAACGCCAGUCAUCUACUUUUUACUGUUCAGUUCCCUUUUUUUUAUUCCAGCUCAACUCGAUUCCACUGGACAAUGCGAGUAGUUAUUGUAUACACUAUGUAUACUGAAUGUUAAUUUAUUUACUAUUAAGAUACUUUAUAGUACUAUUUUGAGAUGAUAUGUAUGAUUUUAGGAGUUUGAGGGUAAACAGGUCUGCCUCGAGGAUGCUUUCAAGACACUUCUUUAGAUCCUUAGUCAAUUACAUUAGUUAGGUUGUUCAUUUUAAAAUUUAGUUCUUUAAAAAGCCAUUGUAAUUCAUAAUUAGUACCAGUGUAUUACAGAAAAGUAAAAAUGAUUAAUUUGAUUCUUAGGUCCUUGAAUUGGCAGGCAAUGCUAGUAAAGAUUUGAAGGUCAAACGUAUUACACCUCGUCAUUUGCAACUGGCUAUCAGAGGAGAUGAGGAGUUGGACUCUCUAAUCAAAGCAACCAUUGCUGGCGGUGGUGAGUUCACCUUUUCGUUACAAUCACCAUAUUUAAUCUUUCUAACGCCUAUUGUUCAUUAACCCAUUAAAAUAACACACUCUCACACACACACCUCAAGGCAGUGAAAAGCGUGAAACAUGUACCGGUAAGAUGACCCCUAAAAGAAAAUAUUUAUAUAAAAAAAAAAUUCAGACUUCAGUUUAAGUGCAAGACUUUUCAAAGGAUAAAAGACAUGGUCAGGUACUCGCUAUGUCCGUCAAAAAAAACAAAAAACAUAGCCUGAUUAACUCAUUCCCUCCGGCAGCGCUGCUUCCGGAUUUAAUUUAUUUUCCUGAGAAAAGGGAAGCAACUCAGUUUUGAAAUUGAUUUAUAUUUUUAAAAUAUUUUUUUAAGUUGCUAAAUAUUAUUUAAUGUUAAUGAAUUAAGAACAAAUGCAACAAAAAAUGAAUUUAAAAAAAAAAUAAAAAAAAAAAUAAAAAAGUUUAAAAAAAAAAAAAAAGUAGGGGGGGGGGGGGGAAUAACGAACAAUGGCCAAAAAAAUCGAUUUUCGGCACCCAGCCCACAAGACAGGACCUUGACUUGUACCAAGCCUAUCAAAAUGACAGCUUUGCUGACUGUUCUAAAUAUAGAUUUGCAACUGUUUUUUUAAUAUGACAUCAGGCCUUUCAUUAUUCAAUAAUGUAAAUAGUUACUUCCUCAUCAGAUCUAAAUAGCUGCUUUGAGUGUUAUUUUUGGUUUAGCUAUCUUAAAUUUUAAAUUAUUGUGGAUGAUAUUAAAUAAAAUAUUUAGCAUUUUUCAAAUAGAGAUUGACACUUUAAAACCAUAAUUUUUCAACCUACCCUAAUUUUUUGCACCAGUGACUAUAAAGAGACUUUACUUGAUGGUUCAUAUGCCAAGCUAGAGUGCGAAAACCUAUGAAUAUCAUACUUGUUCAUUAGCCGACCUUUUUGUAAUAUUUCAGGUUAAGUGGGGUGGUCUGCUUAUAACCUGGUCAUAGGAGUUAUUAACCCAAUAAAGCUGUGUGCAAAAUGGGGUCACUGGUUUUGGUCUUAUUUUAUGACUGCCAUGAUUUGCUAUUGUCAAGAGUAUAUCAGAAGUACCUUCUGGGACCCUGAUGUAUCUUAAGAUUUUUUCUUUACAAUUUUUGUAUCAACCGUAUGUUAUAACAUUGGAUUAAUUGAUUCUAAUACUUAAUCUCUUACGAAAAAGACAUGCUUUUUAUUAAAAAAGACUUCAUGUUAUCGAGUUCUGCUACUACACAGUACCCAUUAAUUAAAUGUUAUGCUAGUACUUACCAUUGUCUAUUUCUAUUCUCUAGGUGUCAUUCCCCAUAUUCACAAAUCACUGAUAGGAAAGAAGGGUUCACAGAAGGCAGCAUAACUUGGGGUUUUGGAGAUCAUUUUAAAUUAGGUGUUGUCAGCGUCUUGCAUUUAUAUGAAAUUUGUACCAAUUCUAUCAUCCACAUUGUUGUACAUCAGCCAUUUGUAUGUAGAUUUUUAAUUCUUUUAUAUUGCCACACGAACGAUGGACCAUUUUAAAUUUCAUUUUAAUAAAUGUCAUCUUCAUGAGAUAUCUGGAUUUGGCUCAUUUGUUCUUGUAUGUGUUAAUGUGCAACAGGUGAGCUUGUUAAAACCAGUUUUAAUGUUAGUGUUCCUAAGUUGGAGUUAGCUGCUAAUGCUGAGACUGUUUUUCCUUUCAAGGUUAGAGUAAAAGUGCAGAAAAUAAUUUGCUUCUUAGUGUGUUGGGUGUAUAUUAAAAUCAUGUAUUGAAAUUCUAACUGAACACUUAAAAUUAAGUACACAAUUCUAGUUUUUAAACAAUUUAUGUGCCUAAUUAUUCCAGAAUCAAUAUCACUGAGUGAUUGUAGUGGAGCACUUGACAUGAAUAAGAUCUUGAUUAAAAUCAAUGGGAUCUUAUUAGGGGAUAAACGUUAAUAGUUCAGACAAGAACUAGAACCCUUUUGCCUGUAAUGGCCAUUUGCUUUGAUUAUAAUUAGUGUGUUGUGGGCUAUGGUACGUUCGUUUGUAUACUGUUUCCAACGAAUUGUGUUAAAAAAAAGUAAGUGAUUGGUUACUACUUGCCAUUGAUAAGACAGCAUUACAAGACUUAUAAUGACAUUAUCCAGUUAAUUAAAAAGCUUGUAUAUUAAUACUCCCUAGAAUGUGAAAUAGUACUACUAUACAGUUUAAAUUGGCUGAAAUAUUUUGUAUUUUUCCAGUCUGAGGAAAUGUCUACCAUCUUCUAAAUUUUAGCUGUAAUUUUACUGUAAUAUUUCAAAUGUGCGAUAUAGAAAUAUUCAAAUGUGAAUUGACUAAGAGAGUAAUCACCAUUAAUGGUCCUGUAAUUCCUGUUGCAGAAUCCUAUUUUGUAUGCUGUUCAAAAUUGCUACUGUAUGACCACCUGGAUCAGAGAUUUUUCAUUAACAAUUUUAUUAUUGAACAUAAAAGUCUGAUUAGCCUGUUAUUGCCUCCAUUUUUUUUUCCUAUUUUUAAUUUCUGUAAUUAAUUUUACUUUUUUUCUCUUCAUUUUAAAUCAUUAAGAUAGUUUUUACAAGCAGUAAAACAGUUUAUGUUAUAACAAACAAGUUUUUUCUUGUACUUGUAUUCUUUGUAUUUGUACAGAUGUACUUUGUAUGAAAAUUGAUUGUACAUAAUAAAUAUUUUAAAAAAUGCAGUACCAUCCUCCACUAAAACUGACUGAUCCUAAAAUUACAGGCAUGGCUACCCUAACGAACUUAAACCAAAUAUAUGUACUUUGUAAAUUCAAAUCAUGUGACCAUUUAAAUUAAGUUAUGGAAAGCAAAGUACACGAUACAAGGGGAUAUUAUUAUUAGAAUUAAGACUGAUGCAAGGUGUUAAAAAUAGUGGUUUUCUGGUACUGUAUGAAUGAAUGUUUAUUUUUGGAUGUUAACUGAUACAGGAGCAUGAUUACCUUUACAAGUUACAUAUAUUAUAUACCCUAUCUGUAUCAGGUCUUCAACAUCAAAUGACCUAAUGAAACUAUGAACAAGAGAGUUAUGGUACCGGUACUGUAAUAUCAGUUACCAGUGCCAGAAUAUCAAAAUAAAGUUUUCAAUAUUGGAAAAUUAUGUAGCAAGAGUAGAGUUUGAAGUUGAAGGCACUUAAAGUUUAAGAGUACAAUAAUGGUAACUGGUAACAAAGUAUUUAUAUUGUUUGAGCUAUGCCUAAUACAAAACAUUUUUGGGAAAUCCAUUUUUAGAAUUGUAAGAUAAUUAAUAAUUUUAGAAAAAUAAGGUUCAAUUUCAAACGUUUUGAGAAGCCUGGAACUGGAACAAAUGUUUCAUUCCAAAUGCAAUGAAUAAAAUCAAUUCAAUUUUACCAUUCCCAACAAAUCAUUUAUGUUAUUACAGUACCAGCAUUAUAUUAUAAUUAUAUUACUAUACACCUAUAUAACAAUAUAACAAGAAUAGGUUGAAAUAAGAGUUAUUAUUAAUGACCUAUCUCUUAAAAUACUAGUAUUAAGAAAAAGAAUAAACCAG